GGAAGGAUUUACCUUGAAUGAGGGCGCUGUUCAAGGUGUCGCAUGGCGUGAUUUCGUUCGGUUCAGUGUAAACCUGAGAUUUUGUGCUGUUUCGUGAGGCCAAAAACACCCCAAAAUGGACAUCAAAAUAUUGGAUGCAAGGAGCAGUAAGGAACUUCUUACAUUAACGGGCCUUGGCAAGGCCACAACUAUCGCUGAUGUCAAGACACAGGUCCACCUCAAAAAGAGAAAUCUGUACGCGGAUCGGCAGUCCUUCCGUACUUCCUCAAAGGGAAAGUCCCUGAAGGAUGACUGCACACUGGAGUCUCUAGACCUAGGCCGUAGUGGCAAGCUCUACUUCAAAGACCUGGGCCCACAAGUGGGCUGGACUACCGUGUUUAUGACUGAGUACGCUGGUCCCUUAUUUAUCUACCUGCUCUUCUACAUGCGUCCUGCGCUCAUCUACGGAGCUGCAAACGUCAAUGCCGUGAGGCAACCGGUGGUGCAACUUGCAGCCGUGUGUUGGACAUUCCAUUAUGCCAAGAGGCUCUUUGAGACGGUCUUUGUGCAUCGCUUCUCCCAUGCCACGAUGCCCAUCUUAAACAUCUUCAAGAAUUCUUCCUACUACUGGGGGUUUGCUGCCUUCGUGGCGUACUUUGUCAACCAUCCGCUGUACACGCCACCAGCUGGUGGCGAUAUUCAAAUCUACGGUGGGCUUGCAUUCUUCCUGUUUUGCGAGCUUGGUAACUUCAGCAUCCACGUCGCCUUCCGCAACCUGCGCCCGCCCGGCACCAAAGAACGUCGCAUCCCCCAGCCCACGGCCAACCCCAUGACGUUCCUCUUCAGCAUGGUUAGCUGUCCCAACUACACCUACGAAGCCGGCGCCUGGAUCGCGUUCAGUGUUAUGACUCAGUGUCUGCCUGCUCUCCUUUUCACCACGGCCGGCUUUGUCCAGAUGGCCAUCUGGGCUCUGGGCAAGCACCGCAACUACAAGAAAGAGUUCUCCAACUACCCGCGAAGUCGCAAGUCAAUCGUUCCGUUCCUCCUCUAACCCUCGACCUUCUGAUUGGACGAGUGGAGCAGAAUGUGGUUUUCAGAAAUGGAAACCGAUCGUAGCGCCCCCGCAAGAGUAAGUCUGUGAAUCGGCUGUCUUUUGUUUAAAAAAAAAAUAUGAAAAAAAUCACAAUUUUGUGAUUUGAAUGUAAUCAUUUUUGAUGUGUGAAUGUUUGGAACAUUUUGAAUGGUACGAUCUGGAUUGUAUUGAGCGUUUUCUAUAUUGUAAAUUUUUUUUCGAUUUAACAUUCUAAAAAUGAUGUUAAAUUCAUGCGAGGCUUUUUAACGUAAAAGACAGUGACGACUCCAAUUUAAGGAAUUGAAACGCAUUUUUUGAUAUUUUAAUGGAUUGAAUUGUAAAAUGUGUGAAUUCAAGGGGAAAUGUUAUCAUUUGGAAAUUCCGAUGAACGCAGUACUGACUUGAAGUAUAAGUUACAUCAUCAGUAGAAGACCCUUUAAUAGAACGUCUCUAGGGUAGAAUUUCGAGCUUGGCAACCCACUAGAAACUUUUUUGAAAUCAUAACUUAAAAAAAAAUAACAACAAAAUAAUCAGCGCAAUGUUCAGCUGCCAUGUUAUUUUGAUUUUUUGCUAAAAUCCAUUUUUAAAAUUUAACGAUACUGCAAUGUACCUCAUUGUCUUUAUGCAUUUAUGUAACAUUGAGAUAAUUUUCAAGAAAAAAAUUCAAACAUCAACUCCGUUGCCAAAAUUUGUAAGAGCUGCAAAAGAAGGAAUGUUUCUCAAAUGUUUUUUUUAUUUUUGGUAAGAGAACCUUUGGAAAGUAGCCAGAGCAAUGAAAGUUGGCCAAUGGCCAGUUUUGUUGCCAACCAAAUUAGGUUCCCAAGGCCUUUAUAAUGAAAGCCCCACCCACAUAAGCCUUAUUUUGGUUAAUUCCACAAAUUAACCAAGGUGUUUUUCCUUAAGUAAAAGGAAAUCCGGUUGAUUGAAUAUUACUUGGUGUGAUGUAAAAAGCAGCUGUUAAGUAUAAUGUCGGAAUUUACUAAUUAGUCUACUUUUUGCUAAUUAUAAUCAAAGUUUGUGAAAAAAAAUUCGUUUUUGCUGUUUUUUUUUUAAUUCUUGCAAAUCGUCUUCAAAAUAUUGACCAAAUCGUCCUGUUUCUACAUGGAUUAGGAUGAAUUGAAUUAAAUUUCCCGUUGUUCAUUAAAGAGUGUAUGUGUUGUGUUUUUGCAAUUUUCUGAUAGAGAUAGGGAUGGCGACAAAAAUUGAAGUGAUGUUUUUGUUGUA